AUGUCGCAGAUUAAAUCACUGUCAGGAAUUACUAUUCUACCGUGUUUGGCUUCUUUUGAGACUCCUGGUUACGACGCUGACAUUUCUAGUAUUGGUCUACAUUCCAUGGAUACCGUGUCCACAAGCCAGGGAGGUUACAGUGCUGAUGGUGAAGACAAAGGACAAAUCACCCGCGUCAAUCGAGGCAAACUUGCACGUCAAGUAUCCAGUGAAACCAUUUUUGCGAGUGACGAUGAAGAAGAUGUCAAUUGGGGUCUUAUUUUAGCCCAUAUCGAUGGACAACAAUCUGAUAAAGGCAACCCGGCCUCUCAAAGCACCGUAUCGUUUAAACUCGAAGAAGAGACCGAAACAAUUGACAUACUGCGCAGCCAAAAUGGCACGGAGAACUUUGCUGCCAUAAAGCAGCAUGAGGCAGAAUUACAAUCUCGCUCACGUACAUUAUCUGACCACGCGUCACCUUUAUCAAAUCGACCUAGUCAAGACCAUGACAGCAUCGCCAUAGACAACCUGCAUACAAAUUCUAAGCUUGACUCAACAAAAACGUGCUAUAUGGAGGAGGAAGACGAAGAAUUCGAAGAGACUCAAGUCUAUUCUGUCCACGACCCUUUGGAAGAACAUGAAGAUCUCGAUCACGAACCAAAUGCCACUGAUGACGGCGUAUCAAAAAAUGUCGACCAAUGCGAAGAGGAAGCAAGGAAGCCAAAUAGUCAACACAGCGAGGAUUAUCCUGAAACACAGGUCUAUGACGUCUAUGAGCCUCUCACCCAAAAUGAUGAAGAUCCCACAGAUGUCAUUGUGAAGGCUUCGAUGGAGCAAACUAUCGCACGGAACGACAAUAACUCGUCAACGGUGCGACAACAGAGUACUCUCAGUAUGACAUGGACUUUGGAUGGUAUGCGUGUUGCAGAUAGCGAUUCCCAUACUGCAAACUCACUUCACAUGGAUAUGGAGCAACGUGACGAAGUCAAAGUGAGCGAAAGGAAUAAGAACAGUGGUUAUGUUCUCUACAAAGGCACCCAGAGCCUAAUCAAUUCGUUACACGCAUCUCAACAACUACCAGACGACAUUGAUUAUGUGGAAACAAGUGACUCUGAAGAAUUGCACGACAAUGCAGCGUCUUUGGCUGGUUCUCAGCGCUCUAUGAAUGUUGCUGACAAUGCUGGAGACAUAUUAGCGGAGGUUGACUCGCCCAAAAAAUUGCAGGCAGUAAUUCAGUCAACCUUUCCCAGUUCUAUUGAGGAUAUGGAAGACAGGCUUGCAAGUCGUUAUGUGAACAACAAUUAUCACGACCCAACGGCAACUCACGAGACACUACAAAGCUCUCAACAAUCUACAUCCUCAUCUUCGCAGCAAAAGAAACUAGCAUUUGAUAGGGUAGUGAAGAAGCCGAGAGACACUCGCAAGCGCUCCAGUGCCAGAUUGGAUGACACUAUGACCAAUAGCACCUCCGCAUCCAAAGCAGAUGAUACUGAAAGUUGGCCACCCAUACCAAAACGUCGUCCGGUUUUGGGGCUCGCAAAACCGUCUGCGACGUCUACUGUGCGUGCCACUAAAAGUAACGCAACACGACUUUCACCGAAGCCGCCAGCAAAAGCUACUCGACGUUUGUAUGGCGUCAACCACCGACGGAAGCCAACACCCCGACAAUGA